UCUUCCACGACAUCAUGAACGCCACAGUCCCUGCAGUCAAGAGGAGAGCUUGUGUGGCAUGUACAGCUGCCAAGGCAAAAUGCACGCCCCAGACCGUCAACCUGUGCCAGCGGUGCGCUCGGUUGGGCAAGUCCUGCGCGUACCUCGACCUUCCGCAGACGAGGCGGAAGCACAAAGGUGCACCGAGCCGUGUGAAGGUGUUGGAGAAGAAGGUCGACCAGUUGACGUCGCAGCUGGCUGCGUUGACAAGACAGACAGUGCCCGAGACCUUGUCGAACCCGAUCCCCGACGACUUGGACUCAUCUGGAGAUACUGAGAUGGAUGCAACAGAUAUUUCCGCAAUGCUUGACGCUGCUAAAGACCCGUCUCAUGGUCCCUACCCGCCGACCAGCUCUGUUCUGGAGGGCCAGCCGUCUCUCGUAGACCGAGGGCUUUUGAGUGAAGCCGAGGCCGAACGCCUGGUGACGACCUUUCAACGCGACUUUGUGCCCAAGUUCCCCUUUAUAUUGCUUUCCCACGGCGAGAGCGCCGCCCGUCUUGGAGUGCGAGAGCCGUUUCUAUUCUUGUGCGUCGUUGCCGCGACCAUGGGCAGUGCGCACCCUCUGCGCCAAACGGUCACCGAGGAGAUCAUGAAGCACGUUACCUUGAGGAUUGUCGCACGGUCUGAGCGGAAUCUCGAGUUACUGCGUGGCCUGCUGGUCCACGGCGCGUGGUACUCGUAUCCUGCAGAGAGAUAUCACCCGCGACUUUUGCUGUUGAUUCAGUUUUGUGUGUCUACUGUGUAUGAUUUGGGACUUCACAGAAAGCCGAGUCUGAAUCUACAUGAGCAGCGGGCGCUGCUCGGUACGUAUUGGUUGUCGGUUGGUCUCUGUGGCACACUCGGCCGGCCGAUUAGCAUGAAGCAUGAUGGGCGAACCGACGAGUGCCUUGAAAGUAUCGCCUGUACCGAGUCUGUGUCGGAUCAGUGGAUUGCGCCAUUCAUCCGCCUCCAGGCUUUCCUGGCCACAAUGGAUGAAGUUUACGCCUCGGUGCAAGCGGGUGGUGGAAGGAUGCUCGUCCAAGUCACACGCGGCUCUCUGCAGCGGCAAUUCGACAGCGUGAGAGCAUGUAUAGAAAAAGAGCUCUCCAGCUGUCCUUUGUCAACAGAAAAUGCAAUACGCACUGAAAUCAAAUAUGUGGAACUACGGCUUGAGGAACUGUCUCUUCGCGAGGAACUGUGGAUUUCAGAGCCUGUCAGCGCCGUCCGGACAACCAUGCUGAUGGGUAUGAUCCAGCGCAGCAAGGAGCUCAUCCACACGGUCAGAAACCUACCAGCGUCGGAGAUUGCCCAGAUGACAAUACCUACCAGUGCUCAUAUCUGUGCCGCAGUGGGUUACCUGCCCACUGCAGUCUUGACCCUUCUGAAUCUCAUUACCGGUUCCGCCCCCGAUUCAGACUCUACCAUGGAAGCCCAGGUGCAGGCCGUUGUGCAUGCAGCCGAGUAUCCCGAUCUUGUCAUCGAGCUUGCCACCGCGCUGGAGACGAAAUUGGACGGAAUGUCUGCGGCAGAUCAAGAGACGGAUAUUGUGGGCAGUCUCUGCUCGAAAAUGCGGCUGCUAGCACGCUGUUAUCCCUAUCAAAUCCGGGCUAUCGUUGGACCUGCACUGUCUCAAGAUCAAGGCCAAAGCGCAAGACAGGAUACGUCUAUGAUGGCCGGUCCCGCCAGUGAAGUUAUGACUCCCCAGGUUUGGCCGAGUAUUUAUGGUGAUAUGGAUGAUAUACCAUUCCCGAUUGAAGACAUUCAGUGGGAUUCUCUCUUGAGCAACUUUACUGGGUUUAGCUGAUGCUAUUAUAUUUCCAAGAAAAUGAUAUAGUAUCUGUUAUAUCUUAACUAUAACUAUAGCACACAUUCAAGUCUAUAUCUCU